AUGCAUACUGUUAAUGAGCCAUGGCAUACAAUUGGUAUAGACAUUAUGGGUCCUUUUCCCAAAACAGCACGACAAAAACGAUUUUUACUUGUCAUAGUUGAUUAUUUUACACGUUGGAUUGAAGUAUUUCCUUUACGUACAAUAACAUCAAUCGACAUUGCUCAAAUACUCAUUAAUGAAGUAUUUACAAGAUACGGCAUGCCAACCUUUAUUUUAUCGGAUAAUGGUCCACAGUUCGUAUCUUUUCUCUUUCAACAUUUUUGUGAAACUUUAGGAAUUGAACAAAAAUUUACAGCAAAUUAUCAUCCACAAACCAAUUUAACAGAACGGGUCAACAGAACCUUGAAACCUAUGUUAGCAAUUUUUGCACACGAACAUCCUCAUUCUUGGGAUAAAGAAAUCCAAAAAUUAGCUUUAUCUAUUCGGACAUCUAUAAAUGAAACUACUGGUGAAACUCCAGCUUUUAUGAUGUUUGGUCGAGAUUUAAAGUUACCUAUGGAUUUAAUAAUUGGCGAACCAACCCAAGGUCCACCACCAACGUCAAUCGAUCCUAUACAAAUUAAUGAAUAUCGCAAAAAUUUAAUACACAACUUGCGGAGCACAUACAACUUCGUUCGUGAACAUUCAGAAGUAGAAAAAAUAAUUCAGAAAAGGCAAUAUGAUCAACAUAUAUCUCAACGACAAUUCAACGUUGGAGAUUUAGUAUGGAUUGCAACAAUUACUCCUCAAAUAGGUGAAGUUCCAUUAAGUAGAAAGUUUCAACCAAAUUAUCAAGGUCCAUGCCGACUAGUAGAACAACUUGGUCCCUCAACAUUUAUAGUACGUCGAAUAAGUGAUGGCGUGAAUUUAGGAGCAACCAACAUUGUUCGAAUGAAAAAAUAUUUUCAACCAAUUUCAGAUGAUCAAUCAUCAAUAAUAUCAGAAAAUAUUCAAAUGAUAGAACCAGCAAAUAUCGACAAUUUAAUUAUAAAUGAUGAAGUUCUACGAACAUCAGAUCAGGAUCGAAACACAGAUGUAGAAGAUUCAUCUACAGAAGAAACACAGAAUACAACAGAACAACCAAAGUUACGACGGAAAUCGAGUCGGAAGCGUCAACUUCCAGCCCGAUAUCGAGAUUCAAUUUGA